GGAAGUAUGUUUGCUCACAAUGUGGCUAUGAUCUUUUCCAUAGCAACAGCAAAUAUGCCCAUGCUACUCCUUGGCCAGCCUUCACACAGCCUAUGAGGCCAGACAGCUUAUCCAAACGAGAAGAAUCACCCAGAGCAUUAAAGGUGUCCUGUGGGAAAUGCGGCAAUGGUUUGGGACACGAGUUCUUGGGUGACGGACCAAAGGAGGGACAAAAUGCAGAGAACGACGAGGGAGCUCAACUUCAUCUUCAUCUCCUGGACUCUGCUUCAAACAGUUAUAUCAGUGAAUGCUCCAGCCAGCCUUUCAGCCCAGCUGAGUACAAAGGUCAUCAACUCAAAUGA